GUAACAGGCUAGUGAUAACGUGAGCUGGUUUAUGCUAGUGUAAACAACAAUACUGCAAUGUUUCGUUACGAAGAAAUAUGCUUUGUCGCUACGACGAUAAUUCUUUUUACUGGAGGAGUCGCUCAAGAAUCAUCUGAUGUUCAGAGCGUGAGUAUCAUAGAAGACGAAGGUGCAUAUCACGGUGACGAAAUUUACGACAUAUUUGACUCGGAUAUCAUCGACACCGAGUUAUUCUUGAAUUGUUUGAGUGGAUAUGAAUGGAAUGAAGAGAUGGAACAAUGUGAAGAUCUCAAUGAAUGUUUGUUGGAUCCGCACAUAUGUGGUGAGGAGGGAAUCUGCUCCAAUAUUGAGGGAUCGUUUGAAUGUACUUGCAAUGAAGGAUUUGUUUUGAAUGAGGCUGGUAUAUGCGAAGAUAUCGAUGAGUGUUCUGCCACGCCAGAUCUUUGUGGAGAAUUUGGGAAUUGCACCAAUAUCGAAGGAUCGUUUCAAUGUAUUUGCUUAGAAGGUUACCACGUGAAUAGAACGGGAAAAUGUGGAGAUAUUAAUGAAUGUUUCGACAAUUCGCAUUACUGCCAUGUGUAUGCCUACUGCAAAAAUCUUCUAGGCUCCUAUGAAUGUACAUGUUUACCCGGAUUUAAUGGAAAUGGAUACUAUUGUGAAGAUAUAGACGAAUGUAUGAGCAACGAGACCGAUUGCAACCAACAUUGUGUGAACGAUAUAGGCAGUUUCCAUUGUGGAUGUUUAGAUGGAUUUCAAUAUCAGGAAUCCCACGAACGGGCUCUUAAAUGUAUUGAAAUUAAUGAAUGCGAAGAUAACAACGGAGGAUGUGAUAUGUUGUGCCACAACAUACCUGGCAAUUAUUACUGUACAUGCGGUGAAGGGUUCCUACUUCAUGUUGAUCAGUUGCAGUGUAUCGAUUUUGACGAAUGUUUAAUACAUAACGGGGACUGUUCACACUUCUGUAUAAAUCGAUUUGGGGGCUAUGAAUGUGGAUGUCCAAAAAAUAUGUCGCUUGAUGAUACAUAUUUGAGUUGCAAAGUAAUAUCCUCUUGUGAAGAUGACAAUGGCGGUUGCGAACAAAUAUGCAAUGUUGAUGAGAAUGAUGGAAUCAUAUGUAGUUGUGAAAAUGGAUUUUCCUUGAAAGAUGAGGGGACUUCGUGCAUUGAUGUAAAUGAAUGCUUGGUUACCAAUGGCAACUGCGAACACAAUUGCAUGAAUACCAAAGGAUCCUACAGAUGUGAGUGCAGAGAUGGAUAUACAUUGAAGGAUCAAUUCUCCUGUCAGCCAUAUUGCGAAACACCAUGUAUUAACAACGGAAUAUGUAUUGAACCAAACACAUGUUCUUGCCCACCCGGAUAUCCGGGCCCGGACUGUUCAGCACUUUGUUCGCCUUCUUGUUCUAACGGGGGUAAAUGUAUGAGAUUCAAUACCUGUCGAUGCCAGUCUGGGUGGAUAGGCCGUUCUUGUACUGAAGCUCGUUGUGUCAAUGCUUGCAAAAAUAAUGGAAGAUGUGUGCGACCAAAUCAAUGCGAAUGUCCAGACAGAUAUAAAGGAAGAUUUUGUGAGAUGCCAGACUGCAACCCGUCAUGUGCUAACGGAGGAACUUGUGUAGCUGUGGAUAAAUGCGUUUGCAAAAGUGGAUGGGUUGGACCUAGAUGCGAACGAGAUACAAAUCCUGUUUCCUGUACUUCUCCAUGUAAAAAUGGUGGUCGAUGCGUUGGAAGAAAUAGAUGUACAUGUACAAGACCAUAUUAUGGCGCACGAUGUGAAAGAGUGCGAUCUGCAAAAUGCAUUCCGCCGUGUCGUAACGGGGGUACUUGUGUGAUGGAAGGAAGAAGAUCUACAUGUUCAUGCCCUGCCGGAACUGAAGGUCGACUUUGCGAAAGAAUAGUUUGCCCGAGAGUAAUCGUCAGAACACCUUACGAAAAAAGUGUUAGGAGACGUGUCAGGGAAAGUUAUCUCACAAAAUGUGGAAUUUUUCAAACUAGGGUUUGUACAGACUGGAGGUGGAAUCAGAAACGAGUCGUUGAAGUUGCGUAUAAGGAUGAAUACAAGUUCAAAUGUCCAGAUCAAGAAUAAACAAUGCAUCAAGAGUUCGAUCUUCAAGGCUUAAAACAAAAUUUGUAUCUAGUUACUGAGGAAAUGUUCUCAUUUUCAAAGAAUAAUGACCUUUCUUUCAUACCGCCUAAAUCUUCUUUUCAUUAUCUCAUUUCUUAAAAACAGGCCGCGGAUGAAUAUGCCCAAUUUAUGUUUAUUCAUUGGUAGUAGUAGUAGUAGUAGCAUGAUUCGACUGGCAAAUCAUUUCAAUUUGUUAUUAUAAAUU